GCUUUCUUUCGGAAUGUAGUAAUUUUACGUGUUUAAACUUGCAGUCUAUUGUUUGUUAAGUUUUAUUUUGAAAAAUCAUAUAUUUUCUUAUUAAUUUUGACUGUAAGUUUUAAUAUUAAUAAGAAGCAGCUUUCGUUAGGAGGUGAACUAAAAGUGAAAUUGUUUUGCCAAGUUAUCAAAACAUUUGGGCGAUAUUACAUGGUUUUUAGAAUAAUUCUUUUACAAAUUUAGUCAUGGCAACUCUAAAUGGAAACAAAAAAUAUGUGCAAGGAACAAUUUAUGGUUUCCGAGGAGAAAGGCCACCAUUAUCCCAGGGGCAAGGAAUUUGUGAAGCCAAGUUACAAGAAGUUUACGACGAGUUAACAGAAAUCAAAGAUCAUUUAAAAAGGGAAUCAACAGCUCUCUCUGCUAAAUCUAGGGAAAUAGAAUUUAGAGAGGAACGGUUGCGACUGAGAGAAGAAAAGAUUUUAGAGUUGGAAGAAAAAUUGGACAGCGUUGUGACGGAAGAGACCGAUGAAAAGAUUAAUUGCAUUGAAAGAGAAUACGAGGAACGGUUGAACCGUUUAAAAGGUGGGAAUGAAGAAGCGAAAAAAGAUAACAAGAGAUUAAGAGAAAGUAUGAAUUUAUUGGGUAAAGAGAAUGAGGGCCUAAGACGGCAGGUUGGAAUAUUGGAAAAGGAAUUGGAGAAGACUCAGAAAAAAUGCUUGUCGCUGGAAGGAAGAGUUUCAAAUUUUGAACGCUUGAAAAAUCCUUCAAAUCCUCUGAAAGAUAUUAAGUUAAAAUCGCAAAACGAUAAGCCAUCAAAUAAAAUCAAGCCAAAACUCGUACAAUUCAAAGGUAAACAAUUAAUACUACAGCUUCUCGAUUGGACCUCUGAGCACUCUAAAGAUAUUGACGAGUGCGUGAGGGUUCUUCCAGAAUUAAUUGACUUGUUACCCGAGUUUGAAGAUAGCAAAGUUUCACCUUUUAAAUUUAUAUAUGCUAUUUUGCAAAGUUUGCAAGCCAAUCAUCAACGUUCUCAGCAUACGGCAACAUUAAGAAGACUUGGAGAGCAAAUAUAUGGACCCCGCCACCAGAUGGCAUCUUAUUCUGACACUGAGUGUCUGAUGUUGUCGGCUUUAAUUAUCCUCCAUACUCCGCUGCCAGUUGAUCAGCUCGCUCAUGCUCUGGAAACAAUUAGAAAUCAGGUAAAGAAUGAAGUUGGCCGAGGUCUUUUCCUGAAAUAUGCUGGGCCACUAGCCAUUACACCUUUUUUGCGACCUACUAACAAAGCACUUCAGAACAAGUCUUUGGAUAUUCAUAUUCAAAUGUGUGUUGAGUCAACUUUCCUCGACAACUUCCUCGACAGUCUGAGCAAUGAUUUAUGGUUUAGAACGGUCUCGCUAACGUUUAAGGAUGGCUUAGAAGCCGAUAGAACGGCCGAAAAGUUGAGCGUUCUUCUUCAAAAACUUAGCAAAGAUAGGAAGAAUAAAAAGUAUUUUGAUGCCUUUGGUUUUAUGAAAGUGGCUGAAAAUAUGCUAAAGUCUUGUGCUGAUCAGGGAUUUCUAGCUUUAAACUUAAGAUCUACCAUUAACAAUUUGUCCUCUUGA